CGUGGUCGGUCGUUGCAGACCAGACCCUAUCCGAAAAACUAGAAAUCGAAACUAGCUAGGAUUAAUAGCCAUGGCGGCGGCGGCGGCGGCGGCCCUAAGGCUCGGCGGUCGCAUGCUGCUCCGACGAACUCAAGAGCAAGGGCGGCGCGUCUUCUCGGAUCCGCAACGGCGGCUCUUCGCGGACACGAGCGCUACCGCCCCUCAGGCCAAGCAACCUCUCGCGAUCCGCUUGGCGGAGAUGAAGGUGAAGAAAGAGGAGCUUUACAACAUGGGCUUUUCCUUGGCAACCGAGUACGAUCUCCCUCGCGGUGUCCGCCGAGAGAACAAAGAGCUGUUGGAGCUGCUCUCGGUGCAAGUCCAGCCCAGACCCAAUGAUGUCUACUGGAUGUGGCGGUGGAGGAUGGAGAGGAUGAAGCGAUUUGUGAUAAUUUGGGGGGUAUUUACUCUGGUUUUGAAGACUGCAGAGGGCGGCGUGCAGAUUUUGAGCAAGGAGAUACGGCUGAAACGAAGGAACGGGCUGGAUGAUUUCGAGGAUUGGUGGUCUGGAAAGAAGAGUUGGUCCCAGCAGUUACAUGACUGGUGGAACAGCCGCUAGCUACCUAAACUCCUUCUGCAGGCAUCCUUGUAGCUCAAGAUCCAUGAUGAAUACUCCUCUUAGGUUUAGUUUGCUAUAUCAAUUUAGUCGAUCACUAGCAGGUGGCUGAAGGUGAAUGAUCAAUAUCCACCCACCAGGUCUAGUUAGUUUGUUUCUCAUGUCCGAUCACUCUGCAAGAACCUAAUCCUUUGUGAUAUCUGUUUACCAUAGUCUGUCGAUAAUCAUUUCAAUUAUCCUUGCUUUCUACUA